ACCAGUUUCUUCCUUUUACCGCAGAGUAGUAUAGCCGGACGCCAGGGAGGGGUUUUCGGCUACUCUUCGGAUCGCCUGGAUUUUUUGGGGGUGGGGUGGGGAGAGAGGCUGAAGCAACUCCAGGUCGGGCUGCCGGAGUGCUGCCUCGCCUCCCGGUUGCGCUUUUUUUGUUUUUCCUGCUGCUUGUGAUCUUUAAAGUGUUACUAAUUGCACCUCCUGGAUCCGCGUCUUGGCAAAAGGCAGUGGCCAAUCCGCGCCAGAAGAGCGCAGGGCCCCUUGAGAGAGAAGGGGGGGGGGCUCCCCCGAGCAGGGGUCGUGACGGUGCUGCUAGAACAGGCUGCCCACCCGGGAUAUAAAGAGUCGGGAGCCGCUCGGCCAGUUCCAGAGAGCCGAUGCCCCAGCCUCUCCCUGCAGUCCAGCAGCGAGGAUGGAAGAGGUGAUGGAUGGCUGUCCGUUUUCGCCCCCCUCGGGCGGCUUCUUCUACGGCAGCUCACCCUUCGUCCCUUCCCCCGAGGAGGAGGACGAGGAGGAGGAAGAAGAAGAGGAUUUUGCCCAGAGGAUGGUCCCCGCCUCCUUUCGAGACCCCUCAGCGGAGCCUCCCGGGGGCUCAGACGGCGAGGAACACGUCCGCGCCCCGACGGGCCACUCGCAGGCCGGCCCCUGCCUGCUCUGGGCUUGCAAAGCCUGCAAGAAGAAGGCGAGCCCGGGUGACCGGCGCAAGGCGGCCACUCUGCGGGAAAGGCGGCGGCUGAAGAAGGUCAACCAGGCUUUCGAGGCACUCAAGCGCUGCACCUCGGCCAACACCUGCCAGCGGCUGCCCAAAGUGGAGAUCCUGCGCAACGCCAUCAGCUACAUCGAGAGCCUGCAGGAGCUGCUGCGGGAGCAGGUCCAGCAGUUUUACGGGCUGCCGGCGCCCGGCUGCUCCGAGCCCCCCAGUCCCAACUCCAGCUUCUCCGACGGCCUGACUGAAUGCAGCAGUCCCCUGUGGUCCAGAAGGAACAGCACUUAUAGCAAGAGUUACUGCUCUGAUCUCCAAAAUGCCUACCCCUCAGAAGCAGCAAGCACCACCCUCUCCAGUCUGGACUGCUUAUCCAGCAUAGUGGAUAGAAUCUCUUCUUCGGAUCAGGAGGGGUUCUCCCCCCAGGACGCUGCUCCCCUUUCUCCUACCAGUAUUGCCAGCCCUGAAUCCCAGCCAGCCUCUCCUCAGGCGCCUCAUUCCAACCUCAUCUAUCAUGUCCUUUGAACUGCCUGAGAUUUGACACCAGCUGGGCCAAUGAUUGGGUGCUUCUGAGAAUUCCCAACAUCAACAAGGAGAUGCCCUAUUGAAAUAUGAAGCUCUUGGAACUCUGGUGGACCGAAAAUAUGCAUACAAAAAAAAAAGUCACUUUAUUUUGUCCUAGCUUCCCUUUUAAAAAGCAAAUGACAUAUUAAAUCAAAAUACUUCAUAAUGCUAUGUACUAUAAUCAUAUGCUGGCCUUUAAAUUGUAUGACAUCACUGUCUUGAUUAUUGUAAAGAAUAGAAGCCAAAUGUGUGGAUGUAGAUCCAUGUUUUGAAUUGCUAUAAGAAAACAUGGGAUUAAAUUAUAUUUCAUAAAAGUACUUUUAAUAAAAAAAAUACAUUA